AUGGGUGGAACAAAUAGUAAAGUACAACCUCAGAAAAAAGAGGUUAUUACUAUUGAACAAAGUGAGGUAUUGAAAAAUUAUAAAAAAUGGUUAGUAGAAUGGAGUUCAAUGUCAAAAGGAGAAAUAAUCUAUGACUCAAACACUGACUCAAAACUAGCAAAAGAAUUCUAUUCAAUUACAUUCAAUAAACCAAAUUUAUAUUUUAUUACAAUAGAUGAAAUGGGAAAUAGUUUUGGUGCUUAUUUUGCUAAACCAGUUGAUAAAAUGGAUUCGUGGAUAUAUGAUGAAAAAAAUUUCAUUUUUGUUUUAAAUUCAAAUAAUCGAUUUUCUGAACCAACAAAAUGGAAUGCCAAAGUAGGAGAACAAGGUGGAAUUCGUUUUUAUGACAAAGAUAUUAAUAAGUUGUUUGAAGUAGGAAAUGGUGAAUUUUGGGGUGGGAUGCGAUUUGGUAUGAUGGAAUUAAUAAUACUGAUUUAA